AUGUCGCUACGUUUGGGUUUGUUUCUUUUGGCUGCACUUGGUGUGGUAAUUCUCACGGAUUCCGCCUCCAUAAGCACCCACAUUGUUGGUGGCGAUCAGGCGGACAUCGCUGACUUUCCGUACCAGGUGUCCGUUCGCCUGGAGACCUACAUGCUGCUCCACAUCUGCGGUGGUAGCAUCUAUGCACCACGGGUCGUCAUCACCGCCGCCCACUGCAUCAAGGGACGCUAUGCCUCGUACAUCCGGAUCGUGGCUGGUCAGAACUCGAUUGCCGAUCUGGAGGAGCAGGGUGUUAAGGUCAGCAAACUGAUCCCCCAUGCCGGCUACAAUAAGAAAACGUAUGUGAAUGAUAUCGGUUUGAUCAUCACUCGCGAGCCAUUGGAGUACUCAGCCCUGGUGCAACCCAUUGCUGUGGCCCUGGAGGCACCGCCGUCGGGUGCCCAGGCCGUUGUAAGUGGUUGGGGCAAGCGGGCUGAAGAUGAUGAAGCUCUGCCCGCCAUGCUGCGCGCCGUUGAGCUGCAGAUCAUCGAGAAGAGCACCUGCGGUGCCCAGUAUCUGACCAAGGACUACACGGUGACCGAUGAGAUGCUCUGCGCCGGCUAUCUGGAGGGCGGCAAGGACACCUGCAACGGCGAUUCCGGUGGACCCUUGGCCGUGGACGGAGUCCUGGUGGGUGUGGUGUCCUGGGGCGUGGGUUGCGGCAGGGAAGGAUUCCCGGGUGUCUACACCAGCGUCAAUUCCCAUAUCGAUUGGAUCGAAGAGCAGGCGGAGGCGUAUCUCUAAAAAUGUGGAUAGCUUCACAAGCACAACGCGAACAAAUAAAUCGAACAAAUUAUUAUUUUACCACAAUAAUAAAUAUGAAAUGAGCAUUUAG